GGCGUUUUAAAAUAUCACCCAUUGUCGUAUAUUUAGCAGCGUUCGUUUUUGGCGGCGUCUGUUAUAGCCUGGGAAUCAGCUUACUGUCCGCUUUUACUGGCGGUAAAUCUUUUUCUUUAUUUCCAGAGCGGCAAGAAUAGUACAGCACAGCUCUGCAUCGAUAAAUUUUUAUAUCUCUACUUUUAAAAAUUUGGCUGCUUGGCAUGUGAGCUGAAGAAGUUUUAAAUUCGCCUCUGCAACUGUGUUAUUAGUUAUAUUUUUAGGGGACAAAAUUCGGUGUAUUUUGGCGACGGGACAGGUGAGGUCGCGGGUACGAGCCGCAUUGCGCAUCUGUUGUACAAAAUUCUGGUGAAGGUAAUAAUGGAAUCACGGCCGGAGAAGUAUAGCUUGGAGGAGGUGAGCAAACACAACACGCCAAAUGAUUGCUGGCUCGUAAUUUGGGGGAGGGUUUACGAUGUUUCUGCCUGGGUUCCUCAUCACCCGGGAGGGAAUCUGAUAUUCGUGAGAGCUGGGAAGGACUCGAGCCAGCUCUUUGAAUCCUAUCAUCCUCUCUAUGUAAGGAAAUUGCUUGGACGCUAUUGCAUUGGAGAGGUCAAUGAGGUUGCAAAUGAUAGUUUACAACAGUCAACUGUUGAGUACUGUGAGUCAGGGACUGAACCAUUUUAUUUAACUCUUAAGGAACGAGUGGAGGCGUACUUUGAAAAGCAUAAGGUGAAUCCUCGUGUCCAUCCAAAUAUGCUGCCAAAGUCUAUUCUUGUAAUAGCUGGCUACAUGCUCUUUUUUUACAUAACCUUCUUUGGGCUCCAAAGUUUUUCUCUCUCAGUUUUAUCUGCACUAGCAAUGGGCUAUUUUGCAGCUCAAAUUGGCUUGUCAAUUCAACAUGAUGCUAACCAUGGAGCAUAUUCAAAUGUUAAUUGGUUUGGUUACUUGAUGAGCACUUCAUUGGAUUUCCUCGGUGCGAGCAGUUUCAUGUGGAGGCAACAACAUGUUGUUGGACAUCACUCUUUUACAAAUGUGGACAAUUAUGAUCCUGACAUUAGGGUGAAAGAUCCAGAUGUGCGUAGAGUAACAUCAAAACAACCAAUACAGAAGUAUCACUCUUUUCAGCAUGUUUACUUGGGAGCACUUUAUGGUUUACUGGCAUUGAAAGGGGUAUUAUUGGAUGAUUUUGCAGCAUACAUAAGUGGAUCUAUUGGCCCAGUGAAGAUACCUAAGAUGACAAACUUGGAGACUGGCGUAUUUAUUGGAGGCAAGAUACUCUACAUAAUGUACAUGUUUGUGCUUCCCUCUCUUUUCAGUCAUCACAGCAUCUUUCAAUGUGCAGUUCUCUAUGUAGCUUCACAGUUUGUUUGUGGAUGGACAUUGGCAUUGCUAUUCCAGGUUGCGCAUGUUGUCCCAGAAGUGGAUUUCCCAGUUGUUGAUUCAAGUCAUGGUCGACCUAAAGUGCACCAAGGCUGGGCUGCAAUGCAGGUCAGGACAACUACAAACUUCAGUACAAACUCUAUGCUAUGGACACAUUUGAGCGGUGGCUUGAACUAUCAGAUUGAACACCAUUUAUUUCCCUCAGUCUGUCAUCUUCAUUACCCAAGCAUACAUCCCAUUGUUAAAGCGGUUUGUGAGGAGUUUAAUGUACCUUAUUAUUCAUACCCAUCGUUCUGGGCUGCAUUGAAGGCACAUUUUUUACAUCUCAAGAAAGUUGGAAGUGAGCACUUUGAGCUGCGUCUUAGUGGUUAAGAAAAAAGUUGGAGGUUCGGUUGAAUUAUUUGAAAGAUGGCGUUUUCAUUCUUAGCAGCGUGUAUCUGCACACGAAGCUUUUACUACAUCCUGCAGUGAACGCCUUAGUGCGUGGCUGAUUUUGCUAUACAUCAUAGGAGGCAUUUUCAAACUAACAUUUUCCCUUGUGUGUGGCACGUAUGUUGUAAACUCGCUUAUUCUUUCAAAAUUACUGCACCAUGAAAAUGCAAAAAAGCAUUAACUUAAUAGAAAUCCAUUAAGUUUUUAAAAAGCA